AUGAGUUCAAGAAAACUACAACAGGAGUUCGACAAACUCCAGAAGAAAGUGGUUGAGGGCUUACAGCAGUUCGAGGAUAUAUAUGAAAAAGUCACUAUCACGGAAAACUCCAAUCAGAAAGAGAAACUAGAAGGAGAUUUAAGAAAGGAAAUCAAGAAGUUGCAGAGAUCUAGAGAUCAGGUGAAGCAAUGGUUGGGCGACAGCAGCAAUAAGCUCGACAAAAAUGUCUUGCAGGACAACCGAUCGCGCAUUGAAAACGCCAUGGAACGGUUCAAGGAAGUGGAGAAGGUGUCGAAGAUGAAGCAGUUCUCCAACGAAGGAUUGGAGAUGCAAGCGAAACUUGGAGCGCGUGGGCUAGACGAGGCAAAGAAGAAUGACGCCUCUAAGUAUAUUACUGAAGUUCUUGACGAGCUCAAUAGACAGAACGAGUUGUUGUCAGGCGAAUUGAGUCAAUUGGGCCACAAGAAGAAACUGGGUGCUGUGCAGCAAUCCAUGGAUGACUUAACCGAAAAGAUAGAACGCAACAACACCCACAUCGGAAAAUUGGAGCUCAUUCUCCGUAACUUGGAGAAUGACCGCUUGGAACCAGACCGUAUCGAUGACAUCAAAGAUGAUUUGGAUUACUAUGUGGAGAACAACCAUGCAGCAGAUUUUGUGGAGUACAACGAGUUCUACGAUGUGUUGGAGCUUGACGAAACCCUUGAUAUCCAGCCCUCGUACCCUCUGGCUCCAGCUGAAGAUUCCAGUCCAUCGCCAAGUCCCAAGAAACCAUCUGCUUCUACUGGUUCUGGUAAUACUUCAAACUCUGAUCGUUCUGCCACUCCAACACCAGGUGCUGUUUCUACAGCUCCAGUCACAGCAGCCUCAGUGGUUGCAGCCAAGAUUCUGGCUCCUGUGCCCGCACAGUCUCCUCAACCUACCAGUGUAAGAGCACCACCUCCAGGGCUCAGUCCGCUGUCCAAACCGGGAAGUCCAGCACCGCAGACGCCAGUGAGAACAGUAGCAGAUGAGCUUAAGAAGCGUGUUUUGACGCAAUCAGCAGCGACUGUUGCAGUAAAUGCACCGGGAACUCCGGUUUCAACUGGGUCUACUGGGGCAUCCACGGCAGGUUCUACACCAAAUGCUAGCCAUGUUACUACAUCACAGGGAGCAAACUCAGCCACCGCUACAGCCAGACACGUCGGACUGGCGACACCACUGCCUAUUCUUAGCAACGAAAACAAGUCAUUCUGGGAAACCGCACCUCGCUUGAGCCAGCUUGCCAUAAGCAGAUUGAACAAUCCGUUGCCGUUCCAGGCCAUCAGCCAGAUGUUAGAGACUUCACUACUCAAUUGUCCUGAUUCGUUUGAUCUGGAGAGACCCAGACAGUACAACCCUAUCAACGUGCAUCCAUCGUCGGUGGACUACCCACAAGAGCCCAUGUUCGAACUAAGUCUGGCCAAUCUCAUGAAGAAGUUCGACAUCGACACGUUGUUUUUCUGUUUCUACUACUGUGAGGGCCAGGACAACUUGGCCAAAUGGAAUGCAGCCCGCGAGUUGAGCAGACGUGGAUGGGUGUUCAACAAGGACACAAAGCAAUGGUUCAGUAAAGAUACGCAAAAGCCGCGGUCAACGUCAAUUGUACAGAGGGAAGGCGAAGGUGCAGUUGCCAGCUACAAGUAUUUUGAUUACCAGAGCAGUUGGUUGAUCAGACGGAAGGAAAACUUCACCUUCAACCAGGAGGUUCGUCAAACGUUCUAG